AUGGCGGCUGCGCUGAUAUCAAAUACAAAAUUCCCUAAUAUUAUCAAAAACCAUGUUAGAUUUAGAAAUUCGUUAUGUAGUACAAAAUUUAUAAUUUUAAAUAAACCACAGUUCAAUCACAUAUGCAAACAAUAUGCGGUUACUAGUCAUUUUAGGUUUCACAGCACGCAACCCCCAAGCAAUGUUGGAGGCCCGGACGCUGCUAAAAACGUACUGGCAGUGGUGUUGGCAAACAAACCGAAAGCGGGAAAAAUUCCAGUUGGUAUCCAAAAGAGAGACUGCUUUCACCCAGGUGCCUCUGUUUUGUCCCGGGAAGAUAUAAACCUGGGGGAUGCGAAGCCGGUCUCUGGUGCGGAUAUGAUCAGGGGCAUGCUGGCGUAUAUAUGGCCUCAGGAUAACGCCGCCAUCCGCAACCGCGUCAUGCUGUCCCUCUCCCUCCUCUUCGGAGCGAAGAUAAUGAAUGUGACCGUCCCUUUCCUAUUCAAAUACGCCGUGGACGAAGUGAACGCGGCCACGGUGACGUCUGGAGACGCCUUGUUGGGAAUGGCGACGGUUCCGCAGGCGUUGGGGACUACGGCUUUCAGUUUACUUCUUGGAUACGGCAUUGCCCGAGCAACGGCAGCGGGUUUCAACGAGCUCCGUAACGCAGUGUUCGCGAAGGUAGCGCAACACUCGAUUCGCCGACUCGCCUGCAAUGUGUUCACUCACAUACACAACCUGGAUCUCAGCUUUCAUUUGGGCCGACAGACCGGGGCGCUAUCUAAGACGAUCGACCGAGGCUCUCGCGCCAUUAACUUCGUGCUCUCAGCCAUGGUGUUUAACAUCGUGCCUACCAUCUUCGAGCUGACGCUGGUCUCCUCAAUAUUGGGGUUGAAAGGAGGCAUUGCGUUUACAGGUCUCGCGUUCGGUUGCGUCGGCGUUUACGCAGCGUUCACGCUCGCGAUCACACAGUGGCGCACGAAAUUCCGCGUCCACAUGAACAAAGCUGAGAACGAGGCUGGCAACAAAGCCAUCGACUCUCUUAUCAACUACGAAACUGUUAAGUACUUCAACAACGAAAAAUACGAGUUAGAGAAAUACGACAAGAGCCUCCAGAAAUACGAGGCGGCGUCCCUCAAGACGGCCUCGAGCCUCGCGGCGCUCAACUUCGGGCAGCACGCGAUAUUCAGCGGCGGGCUCAGCAUGAUCAUGAUACUGGCCGCCAAUGAGAUCGUUAAAGGCAACAUGACAGUUGGCGACCUAGUCAUGGUGAACGGCCUGCUUUUCCAGCUGUCCAUCCCUCUCGGUUUCCUUGGCUCCGUGUACCGCGAGGUGCGACAGGCACUCAUCGAUAUGCAGACCAUGUUUACACUCAUGACUGUGGAGUCCAGAAUCAAGGAAAAAUCCUCGGCUCCCCCUCUCAAAGUGGACCAGAAGACGGCCACCAUCGAGUUCAAAGAUGUCAGUUUCAAGUACAUAAACGGAAAGCCAAUCUUCAACAAUCUGAGCUUCACUAUCCCCGCUGGCAAGAAGAUUGGGAUCGUUGGAGGCUCAGGGAGUGGUAAAUCGACGAUGGUUCGUCUACUGUUCCGAUUCUUCGAACCGCAGUCGGGCGAGGUUCUCGUGAACGGACAGAACAUUCGAGACGUCGAUUUAGCCAGUCUAAGGAAAGCUGUAGCUAUCGUACCUCAGGACUGUGUGUUGUUCCACGACACGAUUUUCCACAACUUACACUACGGCGACCUCUCGCGGCCAGAAGAGGAAGUUUACAAGGCUAGUAAGAUGGCCGAACUUCACGAGUCUGUCAAAACGUGGCCCAAGGGUUAUGAAACGCAAGUAGGCGAGCGCGGACUGAAGUUAUCAGGAGGCGAAAAACAACGAGUUGCCAUCGCUCGGGCGAUCCUCAAAGACUCUCCUAUAAUAGUGUUCGAUGAAGCCACAUCCAGUCUCGACUCACUUACUGAACAUGCAAUUCUCCAAGCCCUCAAAGCGGCGACAGUAGGGCGCACCUCCAUCUGCAUAGCACAUCGUCUCUCCACCGUGGCCGAUGCAGACGAGAUACUAGUGCUGGAAAAUGGCAACAUAACUGAUAGAGGAAAGCAUGACGACCUUAUUUCGAAGAGCGGGUCGCUCUACGCUCGGUUGUGGGAGAAACAAAACAGAGAAAUCAAAUGAGCCUCAGGCGAGGAAGAGUAUAGACAAGUUGCGCUAUUCCAAUCAUAGACACGAGGUAGUAUUCCUUUGACUAUGGUUUUAAUGACGAAUUCAUAUUUUAAGGAAGAGAAUCCUUUGUAAACCUUGUGGAAAUGGAAUAAGGAUUAUAAUAUUGACUUAUUGCAAAUUAGGUAUCCUGAAUGAGGAAAUGUUCUGCUUUGUACAUAUUAUUUUAAUAUACCUUCAACUUAUGAUGAUGAUCUGUAUUGCCAUUCAAAUGUGACGAUGACUUAUUCAAUAAUAAUAAUAAGGAUGCUAAGCAUAAUGCAGCUGUGACAUUAUAACAAGCUUUUGUUUUCUACGAUGGCAACGCCAUCUGCUUUAUAAUUUUAUUGUAAUGUAGGAGGAAAACUGAUAUUUAGAGACGCCAAGUGGCGCUACUAUAACCGACUGCUGUCACUGUCAAAUCUCGUGUUUUUCGAAGAUUUUAUGGUAUUUAAAGAUACAUGAAUAUACGGAUAUACUUGUUAAUGUAUCGCGAUUUGACGACAUGUUUCGAGUGAUAUGGAGACCCUGCAUCAGACAUAAGUGUCGCGGCGACUAAAAUGCGUGCGUGAGAUUGAAAUAUUUCAAUUUAUCUCACGAAACGUCUAUAAGAUGUUCUAACUUGAGAACACGUGCAAUAAUCAGUACCUACGACUGAAAUAGAUAUACACGAAAGAAAGAACGACAAGGCCCACUGUUGGCCGGGUCUUAGCUUACGCGGCUAACUUCAUUACCACUAGACCACCCGCCCGCCGCUAUAUUUAAUAAAAUAAUUUGAUUUGUUCCCUAGUUGUGCAGUACUACGUUUGCAGUGACGUCAUCUGUUCUAAACUUUCAGUGUUCCUCCUCACUGACAGGUUAUGUGCCUGGUGCACACUGUGUUAAACGUUUUGCUGAUGUCUUUAUUUCCACGUGUAAUAAAUAUGUCUUAUUAUCAGUGUACAUAGGACAAUAAAUUCAAAAAUGUAUGAUUCUUACCUAAAAGAUCAGUUGUUCCAAAUCGUGGUUUGACCAACUAAACAAAAACUUUAAAUGUGUUGAUGUAAAUAAUAGUUCGAUGUUAUCAGAGGGCCUACCACAAAUCACUAAAUUUGAAUAUUUGAUAGAUGAAAUUCCGAUUUUGUAGUUUCGUGGUAGGCCCUCAAAAUCUAGUAAAUAAAGAACUCUGGCCACCCCCGUACAACACGGUGAAAAUCUGGAAUGAUUGACUAAGGCACGCCACAAACAGUCUUCAAAUUCAUAAUCUUAAAAAAGGAUUUGUAUGUAACCUGUCAGUUCAAACUGACAGAAUUUUCAGAUUGAACUGACAGGUUGCAUACAAUAGUAUUUUAUACAAUCGUGAUAU